CGGAUAGGAGAGUAGUCACAUUGCGGUGGGUGGAAGCCUUGCCCAACUGUCUUGUUCCAACGGUUACGCUCGGGCCCCUUACAUUCCGCUAUGCCCGACACGCCGCUGCGAACGGAGACGAUCAAGGGAUUCGCAACGACCAUCAACUUCAUCACGACUGCAUCGCCCACGACGUGCUUCAUAAUUUGUCUGCAUUGUAUAGGGUAUAGGAAAGAGCUAUGGCGCCCCGGGAAAAUUCUCACGAGCCCUCCGGCACACCGGUUCCGGUCGAAAUGGGCUUUGCUACCCUGGCGCAGCUGAGGGUUGGUGUGAAGGCAUGGGUUGAGAAGGAUGGCGAGAGACGCAAGGCAGAGGUCCUUUCCAUACAAACACGCCAAGGCAGACCCAAGUUCUACGUGCAUUACGAGGAGUUCAACAAGCGUCUCGACGAAUGGAUCGAAGCAGAGCGCAUAGACCUAUCCCGGGAAGUCGAAUGGCCCCCGCCAGACAAGUCCGACAAGAAAAAGGCCAGUUCGUCCAAGACAGACAAAGCACCCCCCAAGUCAGACCAGAAGAGCCUCAAGCGAUCGCGCAGCAAGCUCGAUCGAGAAAUCUCCGGCACUCCUGAAUCUGCGUCGGUGCAGGGCAAAGCUUCUCGCUCCUCCAGGGCAAGCGGGAAGGAGAACCAGGACUUACUCAUCACCAGUGAGGUUGCGGAUGGCGCGACACCAAAGCCCGAGGAUGAGGAGAUGGAUCUCGUGGACGUGCAGGACGCCGCCGCCGCCGCCAAAGCCAUGCCAGAGCAAAACUACUCGCGCGAAGACGAGAUAGAAAAGCUGCGCACAUCUGGUUCCAUGACACAAAACCAAACAGAAAUCUCCCGCGUACGCAACCUCGAAACCGUUCAGAUGGGGAAAUUCGAAGUCGAGCCCUGGUACUUCUCGCCCUACCCCGUUGACUUCGUAGACUCAGAUGUAGUCUACAUCUGCGAAUUCUGCCUGUCCUACUUCGGCGAGGUGACGCAGUUCGAGCGCCACCGCACAAAGUGCACGCUCUUACACCCGCCCGGGAACGAAAUCUACCGCGACGACUACGUGUCGUUUUUCGAGAUCGACGGGCGCCGCCAGCGCACGUGGUGUCGCAACUUGUGUCUGCUGUCGAAGCUGUUCCUGGACCACAAGACGCUGUACUACGACGUCGACCCGUUCCUCUUCUACUGCAUGUGCACGCGCGACGAGCACGGGUGCCACUUCGUCGGCUACUUCAGCAAGGAGAAGGAGUCGGCCGAGGGGUACAACGUCGCUUGUAUCCUGACGCUCCCGCAAUACCAACGCAAGGGCUUCGGCAAGCUGCUGAUAGACUUCUCCUACCUGCUCUCCAAGCGCGAGGCCAAACUGGGGUCGCCUGAGAAACCCCUCUCCGACCUCGGGCUGCUGGGCUACCGCGCCUACUGGCAGGAAAUCCUCGUCGAUCUGCUCAUGGAGACGGACCGCACGGAAGCGAAUAUCGAGGACUUGGGCGCGGCGACGGCAAUGACGACGAAUGAUGUGCUGCAUACGCUGCAGAAUCUUAACAUGCUGAGGUAUAGCAAGAAUCAGCAUGUGGUUGUGCUGACGGAUGCGGUGAUUGCGCAGAGGGAACGGCAGAAGGCUAAGGAGAAGAUUAAGGGGAAGAGGAGUAUUGAUCCCGAGAGGCUGAUUUGGAAACCGCCCGUUUUCUCGGCCGCGUCGAGGACGUGGAAUUGGUGAUAAUUAUGUUUUUUUGCUGGUGGUUGGAGUAAGGGGGUAAAUCUUCUUCAUUACAAUUUUUGGGAGCGUGGUGUAUUUAUUCAUUUGUAUACCCAUAAUUCGAAAGUCAGAUAUACACGGCGAUG